GUUUUGAGUUUGUAUAAUAUUUUAUGUUUAUAUUAUACUAAAAUUAUAGAUAUAGAAAAAAAAUGUCGUUGUUUGUGAGGAGAAGAGCUUUUCAAGUACUGAUAUCUCGACCAUGUCAACACAUAUCUCAAAGCAAACUUUUCUCUGAACAGUUAUCCUGUCAAUGCAGAUCAUAUGUCACAUCGCCUCGAUUUGCCACACUACAGAAAUAUGUAUCAGUGCAUCAGCUUUUUACUAAACGAGCACUAGCCUCUAAAGCCUCGUCCAAACGAGGUCCAGUCACGUGGGCUUCUUUAGUUGCGUUUUUAUUGACUGGUGGAAGUAUCGUUUGGUAUGUGCGGCGUUUAAAAGAAGAGAAAGAAAUAGCAAAAGAAAAAGAGCGUACUAAAUCCAUCGGUAUGGCUUCAAUUGGUGGACCUUUUGAACUUGUUGACACGAAUGGAAAAACCGUGACAGAUAAAGAUAUUUUUGGGAAAUGGGUUUUACUCUACUUUGGAUUUUGUCAUUGUCCUGACAUAUGUCCAGAUCAGUUAGAAAAGAUGACGGAGAUAGUCAGUCGAAUCAAUAAUAUGCCAGGAUUACCCGAUAUUCAACCGAUAUUUAUCACAGUUGAUCCAUAUCGAGACACUGCCGAGCACAUAAAAGAAUACAUUAAAGAUUUCCAUCCGUCCAUGAUUGGUUUAACCGGUACCGAAGAACAAGUAAAGAAGGUUUGCAAAGCAUAUCGGGUAUAUUAUUCUUCUGGCCCAAAAGACGAAGAUGAGGAUUACAUUGUCGAUCAUACUAUUAUUAUGUACUUGUUAACUCCUGAAGGUAAUUUCACAGAAUAUUUCGGACAAAAUCGUACAAUUGAAGAAGUUGUAGGCGCUAUCAGCACGAAGAUGGUGUUAUCAAGAAAGAAAAACUAAUUAUAUUAUUAUUAAAUGUAAUGUAAUUGUGAAAAUAAACAGUUUUUUUACCAA